CCCGCGCAGCUCGCGCCGCGGUCCCCUUAUUUGGAUCUGCGGGAAUGUGGGCUGGAGCGGUCCUGCCGCGGUACCAGCCAUCUGCCUGUCCCCGGGACUGCCCCUAACCCAGGCGCGCCCGCUGCUCGGCAGGAGGGGCCGGCGGGAGCGCCAUGGCCUGCAUCCUGAAGAGAAAGUCUGCAAUUGCAGUAGGCUUCAUAGCUUCAUUCCUCUUCCUGCUGGUUGUGCGCCUAAUAAAUGAAGUGAAUUUCCCGUUGCUACUAAACUGCUUUGGACAACCUGGUGCAAAAUGGAUACCAUUCUCCUAUACAUACAGGCAGCCCCUUCGAACUCACUAUGGAUACAUAAAUAUGAGAACGCAAGAGCCUUUGCAACUGGACUGCGAUCUUUGUGCCAUUGUGUCAAAUUCAGGACAAAUGAUUGGUCAGAAGGUGGGCAAUGAGAUAGAUCAAUCCUCCUGCAUUUGGAGAAUGAACAAUGCUCCCACCAAGGGCUAUGAAGAAGAUGUCGGCCACAUGACAAUGAUUCGAGUUGUGUCCCAUACAAGUGUUCCUCUUUUGCUGAAAAACCCUGAUUAUUUUUUUAAGGAGGCAAACACCACGAUUUAUGUUAUCUGGGGUCCUUUUCGCAACAUGAGGAAAGAUGGCAAUGGCAUCGUUUACAACAUGUUGAAAAAAGUCAUCGACAUCUAUCCAAAGGCCCAGAUUUAUGUGACCACAGAGAAGCGCAUGAGUUACUGUGAUGGCGUUUUUAAGAAGGAAACUGGGAAAGAUAGAGUCCAGUCUGGCUCUUAUCUCAGCACAGGAUGGUUCACCUUCAUUCUCGCCAUGGAUGCCUGUUAUAGCAUUCACAUCUACGGGAUGAUAAAUGACACUUACUGCAAGAUGGAAGGUUAUAGAAAAGUUCCCUAUCAUUAUUAUGAACAAGGAAAAGACGAAUGUGAUGAAUAUUUCCUUCAUGAACAUGCUCCAUAUGGGGGGCAUAGAUUUAUCACUGAGAAGAAAGUGUUUGCGAAAUGGGCCAAGAAGCACAGAAUAAUAUUUACACACCCAAACUGGACAGUUUCUUGAUGUUGACUAUUUCUUUCUUGUCCUUCUGCUUGAUGUGAUCAUUAUACUGCAAACUGUGAUGUUAAUGAUGAUGAUAAUAAUGAUUAAGAUCACACAAUGAUGAUCAAGUUUCUGUACAUUCUCAGAUAUGGAUGGUGACUGGCUGUAAUGUGAGCUUGGGAUUCCAUAGAGGGUGGCUGUGCUCAUUAUGUUCUUUUUGAAGGUUCAACACUACAUCUGCACUUUAUAAUUUAACUGGAAGUAAAAUUGAAGGCCAGUAAUAUGCAGCAAUGACCUAAGAAAUGGGAAGAUGAUCC